CAGAUAUAAUGAAUGCUGGGACCGGUGUCCGGGGACCAGAUAUAGUGAAUGCAGGGUCCAAGGAGACCAGAUAUAGUGAAUGCAGGGUCCGGGGAGAGCGGAUAUAGUGAAUGCAGGGUCCGGGGAGACCAGAUAUAGUGAAUGCAGGGUCCGGGGAGACCAGAUAUAGUGAAUGCAGGGUCCGGGGAGACCAGAUAUAGUGAAUGCAGGGUCCGGGGUGAGUGGAUAUAGUGAAUGCAGGGUCCGGGCUGAGUGCAUUGCUUUUAUUCCAGUGCCGGCACACCUGACAAAGAGA